GACGACACACACAGUCACACAGUCGCACACAAGAUCCUCAAAUUCCCCCAUCUUUUUCCUUUCUUCUCUCCUUCCCCUAUCCUCCAAAAACAAAAAUCCUGCUAUCAAGCAAUUUAACCUCCCCUCCCAAAUUUCCCUCCUUAAUUCUGAUAAAACACACAUUACUCCCUAAACCCUAGCUAAAUCUUCUUCCGAUUUUACACCUCAGUUUACUCGUGAUAUCGCAGCACCGGUGGCGGAGCAGAGAUUUUGUUCAGUGUGGAUCAGUGCGCAGACAUGAAUGCCGCAGGUUUAUCGAUGUGAAAUGCCGGCGGGUUAUAAUUGCAGCGGUUUUUUUUUUUUUUUUCAAGUAUGAAAAUCAUCAGUACACACCAAUGGAGUAAGUACAACUGGUUCAUGUGAGAGCAGAGAAGAGAGAUUCAGAUUUUUUUUCCCCCCCCUGCUUAUGGAUUCCGUCUGGACUGACAAUGUCGUCCCCAGGACUUCACAUUUCGUUCUAGCAAUUUACUUCGCUUUGUUUUUCGCGGUCGCAAGGCUUUUUCUCGACAGAUUCAUCUUUCGUGUAAGAUUCCAAGAGCUCGAUCCUGAAAAUUAAAUUUGAUUCCCUGAUGCUCUUUAUUUACUUCUUUCUUUUUGUCGGGUAGUGUGUGUUCAGUAUUAUCUCUCCUCUUGAUUGAGAUUUGACUUCGUUAUAACUAUUGUUGCUGCACUGCACUUCGUGAAGUUGACGGAUUUGGAAUUUCGUGAACUGCGUCUUAGUUCGUAUAUAGAAGUUUGGUGAUUUGAAAGAAUACUGAAUUACAGUUUAUAUAGUGGUGGAAGUCAGUUUUAGUCAUAGUGAUUUGUGCUUACCUGCCAACUUUCAAUCAAUGAAGAUGCAUUUGAAUGUGGAAAACCUACGGAAUGAUAUACUGUGAUUUUUAUGCUCCAAACUGGAUCAAUUUGUUUUUGUGCCGACUCUCGAGAUAGCCAACCAGAACUAAAUAAAGUACUAACUUCCAAAGAGCAUGGUUUUGGUGUAAGGGGGAUAGAAGUAAAGAAUGGGAUAACGGGUAUAGAAGAAAUAGGAAGUGGGUAAGGACCUUUAAGUUGAUAGAUGUUUCACUUUGCCUUCCUAAAUGUUGCCUUCCUCCAUGUAAUAUUGCCUGUCUAGUUUAGACCUUUAUGGCUUAUAUAUCUCCGUUAUUUGUUCUGAUAAUUUUAAUGGCCAGCGCUGCAAUUUUAAUAAUUGAGUUAUAUGCUGAUGAUUAGUUUGGUUGAUGGUUGGUUUCAGAUGCUUUAACUUGUCCCUUAAAACUUCUUUUUCAUGAACAGAAUGGCUGCUUAUUUACCCGGGUCAUUUUGAUGUCAGUAGGGGUUAUGAUGGUUGGUCCAUUUACCUCAAAAACUUUACGAGCACUGACUUUCUAAAGCUUCUUCCUGCUCCUUAUUACAUUUUUCCAGCGGCUGUGUGUCACUCUAUAUAUGAAGUUAUUUAUUUAUAGCUAUUAAUGUUAAGCUUCCAAAUUUUGCUGACAUUAUAAAUAACUGAAUUGGCAUCAAACUGGUUUUAUGGACUUGUCUCUGUUUGAUGAUUUUUGUUUCAGAGAAAAAGUAUUGAUUUAAGUCUUUUGGCCUGCUCUGCUCUGUUAAAUCUAAGGUUUGUUCAUUAGAAAAGUUGUUCAAGUUUAUAAGGGUUUCUGUUGCCUGGUCGUAUUACAGUCUCUAGAGUCUAGACUCAACUUAUCUGGAGCUAGCCUUUCAAUAGCCUCAGAUUUCAUCCCAGAUUAUCACUUUAUGCUUCGCUUUCCUGGCUUUAUCGGAUUCUCUAAAUUCAAUCUAUCUAGUGGUAGUCAUUUAUGUACACUUUUGAUUCCAGCAUAUAAUGCCAUCAUAAGGCCUUGCAAGAAAUGAACUUUGUUUGCUAAUUCUUUGUGGGGUGAGAGAAUUGGGUAUUUCCAGUUUCUAAUUCUACGGUAAUCCAACUUAAGCCUUGUGUUUAAGAGUCUCAUAUCUAUCACUACUGCAACAGUUUGGGGCUCACAUAGUUUUCAAAUUUAAUUUCUCUCCAUAAUGAUUGAGCACUUAACCGUUAUCUGAAUUUGUGGUGUUUCUACAGAGAUUAGCCACUUGGUUACUUAGAAUUGGAUCCACUUCUCUGAAAAUCAAUGAGGCUAGAAAGGUGAAAAUCACAAAAUGUUCGGAGUCCCUGUGGAAGCUGGCAUACUAUGCUAGCGUGGAAUUUUGUAUAAUUAUGGUCAUCUACCGUGAGCCAUGGUUCAAAGACAUAGAGGAAUACUUCAGAGGAUGGCCAAACCAAGAACUCAAGCCUACUUUGAUACUUAUCUACAUGUGUCAAUGUGGUUUCUACAUAUACAGUAUGACUGCUCUCCUCACAUGGGAAACACGUCGAAAGGAUUUCUCUGUCAUGAUGUCACAUCAUGUUGUGACUGUAAUCCUAAUCAGCUACUCAUACAUGACAAGGUUUUUUCGGAUUGGAUCAGUCGUACUUGCUUUGCAUGACGCAAGUGAUGUGUUUCUUGAAGCAGCUAAAGUGUUCAAAUAUUCCGAGAAGGAAUUUGGAGCUAGUGUAUGCUUUGGAUUAUUUGCUUGCUCAUGGCUUGUACUAAGGCUAGUAUAUUUCCCAUUUUGGGUCAUAAGGUCUUCCAGCUAUUACUCUGCUGAUUACCUGAAUCUAUCGGAACCUUAUCCUGCGUCCCUGUACUACAUCUUCAAUUCAAUGUUAUUGACAUUGCUUGUGUUCCACAUUUACUGGUGGUAUCUCAUUUCCUCAAUGAUUAUUAGACAGCUGAAAAAUAGGGGAAAAGUUGGAGAAGAUAUACGAUCGGACUCGGAGGAAGAUGACUAAAUGGAUGUAGGGCGGCAAUUUUCUUUACAAAGAUUCUUCUACUCAGCCUGACUGCUUUACACUCGUAGGUUUGUGUCCUGAUUGGUUGGUACAUUGUGAUCAAAUUUUCUGCAUACAUAUCCAUGCACUACUAAAUAGCCGUGAGAUAGGUUCUUUUGAUAUGAAAGUGCAGUCAGAUGCCCUUAGUAUGUGAUUAGGAAAAGAUAGAAGGAAAGAUGUAGUGCCACGAAGUACUUAUUGAUUCACAAAAUAGCAUUUUGGUUGUAUAAAAUAUAGAGAACACGAUUUUUUUUUCCUUAGUAAUAGUGGUUGUUUGUCCCACAAUUUUGAAAUGUGUUGAGCAACUGUAUCUGGAACACCACUUCCUCCUGACAUAGUAUCUUCUCUCUAGUGAGAAGACCAUUUUUUUUUUCUUUCCUUUUUUGCUUUCUCCAAUUUGUGGUAAGGAAAGAAAAGUAGACAUGGACAUACCUUCUACAAAUAUUUGGAAUUGCUUUACCUGCAGCAUCUUUAUUCUUUUUACUCUUUCAGACUAGUUCUAUCUAUCAUGUUUUGUUUGGUGGACUAUAAUCGCUCUGCUAAAAACACUCGUCGUCCCA